AUGUCCGUGGCACGCGCCGUCGGCCGCGGCUUGCCGUCCAGCAUGGGUGUGGCCUUCAGCAGCCUGUGGAACUCGCUGUUUGGACAGAAAGAGCUCAAGAUCUGUAUAUUAGGGUGCGUGCACGCCGCUGACCCAGGCAAAACCACGCUGAUGUACAAAAUGACGCUCGGAGCGGUCGUGGCGACCGCGCCGACGAUUGGGUCCAACACAGAGACAUUUGAAUACAAGAACCUCAAGUUUGUGCUGUGGGACGUUGGCGGCCAGACGUCGCUGCGCACGAGCUGGGCGCACUACCUGACGUCCACAAGUGCGGUGCGUGCACCCCACUGA